CUGAAAACUCAUUCAUCACGAGCUGUCCCGAUCGUGCUAACCGUUGGCUUUACGCGCUAACCAGCGACAUGUGUCAUGACUCAAUUAGUCGGUCGUAACAUCAGCCGUGCUGCUGUGUCUUUUUAGCCGUUAUAUUAGCUGAUGAAUAUUUCCAACUUGAAGGACACUUUCCUGCCUGUUGUACGGGGAACUGACGUCUCGUGUUAUGGGAGAGACACGGAGGUCAGAGGAGCGCUGGGCUGUCAACAGUAAUGUCCGAGUUAAACGAGCCUGCUGCCGUUUUGACAGCUGUAUUUUGAUAUUAUAGCACUGAUCAACUUAAAAUUACAACAUGCCCGGGAAACUGAAAGCCAAAAUUGUGGCAGGGCGCCACUUGCCUGUGAUGGACAGAGCCAGUGACCUUACUGAUGCUUUUGUAGAGGUCAAGUUUGGAAACACAACUUUCAAAACCGACGUCUGUCCCAAAUCCCUCAAUCCACAGUGGAACUCGGAGUGGUUCAAAUUUGAGGUUGAUGAUGAGGACUUGCAGGAUGAACCAUUGCAGGUCACAGUGUUGGACCACGACACAUACAGUGCUAAUGAUGCCAUAGGGAAAGUGUACAUCGACAUUGACCCACUGCUGUGCAAUGAGGCUGCCUCUGUCAUCUCUGGCUGGUUUCCCAUCUAUGAUACCAUCCACGGUAUCCGAGGGGAGAUCAAUGUCCUUGUCAAAGUGGAGCUUUUUAAUGAUUUGAACCGCUUCAGACAGUCCUCCUGCGGGGUCAAGUUCUUCUGCACCACAUCCAUUCCACGAUGCUACCGAGCAGCGAUGGUGCACGGGUUUGUGGAGGAACUUGUGGUGAAUGAAGAUCCAGAAUACCAGUGGAUCGACCGUAUUAGAACUCCUCGCGCCUCGAAUGAGGCCCGUCAGAGACUCAUCUCUCUUAUGUCUGGAGAGCUGCAGAGGAAAAUAGGCCUUAAGGUACUGGAGAUGGGUGGGAAUGCAGUGGUGGGCUACCUGCAGUGUUUUGAUCUGGAGGGAGAGUCUGGCCUAGUGGUCCGGGCCAUAGGUACUGCCUGCACACUGGACAAACUCAGCUCUGGAAGCGCCCCCAAUACCACCACACAUGUGCACCCUAACACAGCCCCUGCUUCCAAUGCCUGCAAUUCCCCUUCAAAGGAUGGAAAGGAGCCGGUAUUUGGUGAGGACCUGCUCUCGUCCUCCGGCCCGCCAACCCCUUUCAGAGCCCUCCCCACCUCCUCCUCCUCUCCUCCCCCCUUCUCUCCCUCCAAGCCAUGCAGCCGCCAGUCCUCAUCAUCAGACACAGACCUCAGUUUGACGCCCAAGACGGGAAUGGGCAGCGGGGGCAGCGCAGGGAAGGAGGCAGGGCCUCUGAAGACCCUGCUCCGACAGCAGACGCAGACGGCUCUCGAGCAGAGGGAGUUUCCCUUCUUCACCUUGACGUCUUUCCCACCUGGUUUUCUGGUUCAUGUCGGCGGAGUGGUCAGCGCUCGCUCUGUCAAACUGCUGGACCGUAUACACAACCCUGAUGAGCCAGAGACUCGUGAUGCCUGGUGGGAGGAGAUUCGCCAGGAGAUCAAAUCUCAUGCCAAAGCUCUUGGUUGCCAUGCUGUUGUGGGGUACAGCGAGAGCACUAGCAUAUGUGAGGAGGUGUGUAUCCUGUCAGCGUCAGGCACAGCAGCCAUCCUGAACCCUCGGUAUAUGCGUGAAGGCUGCCUCGACAUUGGAAUCACCGACCACAGGUUUGAGGAGCCGUCUCCCCCGAGCUGUGGCUUCUGUCACAUCCCGUACGAUGAGCUCAACAUGCCUUUUCCCGCCCAGCUCACCUACUGUUACCAUUGCAGACGACAAAAGGUUCCUGAUGUGCUGUUCACAACAAUCGACCUGCCACCAGAAGCAGCUGUCACAGGGAAGGGUUGUCUUAUCCAGGCCAGACUGUGUCGUCUGAAAAAGAAGGCCCAGGGUGAAGUGAAUGCGACAGCCAUCUCCAACCUGCUGCCUUUCAUGGAAUACGAGCUGCACACUCAGCUGAUGAACAAACUGAAGCUGCGGAGCAUGAACGCGCUGUUUGGCUUACACAUUCAGAUCAGUGUCGGAGAGAACAUGCUCCUGGGUCUGGCUUCUGCUACAGGAGUGUACCUGACAGCCCUGCCGGCACCAGGCGGCAUCCAGAUUGCGGGGAAGACCCCUGGUGACCUGAGCAAUGAGCACCACAUCCUGACCAUCCAGAAAAGGAUCAAUGACACCAUAGCCAAGAACAAAGAGCUCUAUCAAAUAAACCCUCCGAAAUUAUUUGCCCUGGACCCUGAGGUGUUCUGCGGCAUAAACAUGGAGCUGACAGAGGAGCUUGUGGGCUCUCCGAUUCCUGAGCCGAGGCAACGAUCCAGACUGUUCCGCUCCCACUCGGAAAGCUCAGACGAAGUGUCAGAACUGGACCUCUCCCAUGGCAAGAAGGAUGCCUUCGUGCUGGAGAUUGAUGACACUGAUGCUGUGGAGGACAUCCACUCCCUCCUCACUGAUGCCUCUCCCCCUACAGGUUUCUACAGCUGCAACACUGAGAUCAUGCCUGGGAUUUACAACUGGACGUCAGGAGUUCAGAUGUUUACAUCUGUGAGGGUCUUUAGGUUGAGUAAUGCCAAUCUUACUAACCAAGCCUUGAACAAGAUCUUCACUGAUUUGUGUGAGAAUCUGCUGAAGAGUUUUUACUUCAAGCUGCGCUCUAUGAUCCCCUGCUGUCUUUGUCACCUCAACUUCGCCGUGGCGGUGCCAGAAGAAGAACUCAUACAGGUUGCGGUGACGGCGGUUGCCAUGACGUUUGACAAAGACCAGACUCAGGAGAAGCCAGCAGACAAGCCCAUCACCAAAGGAUGCAGCGAGACUGAAGAGCAGCUGCAGUUUCCGUUGGAGCUGUGCACAGACUCGUCAUCCGCCAACUCUCAGCCAUCAUCCAAAUUCUCAGGUGUCCCAGAGACUACCAACGUCUCAUCUAGAGCUGCCUCCGUUGAUUACGGUUCCUUUGCAGACAGAUGCAGCACCUGGCUAGAGCUGCUUAGGCUGAAAGCUCACACCAUAAGACGAGGAUCAGUUAAGACAAGUAGGAGGACACAAUCUCUAGCACACUCUGUCUCAUCUUUGGAGCGCUCCAGUCCGCUGCCUGAGGGACGUUCCCGCUCGCUGCGCUCCAACCGCUCUUUCGGGGGUAGCUCAGUCACCGUGGUGAAGAUGACGCCGCUCUCUUUCCUCCCUGGGACACGCAUCAUUAAAUAUCUUGGGAUAAUCAACAUGUUUUUUAUCAGAGAGACAACAUCAUUGCGGGAGGAAGGCGGAGUCAGUGGCUUCCUCCAUUCAUUCAUAGCUGAGGUGUUUUCGAUGGUUCGAGCCCAUGUAGCAGCCCUGGGUGGCAAUGCAGUAGUGUCCUACAGCAUGAAAGAGUGUGUUUUUAUGGAAAACCCAAACAAGAACCAGGCUCAGUGUCUUAUUAACGUGAGUGGCGAUGCCGUCAUCUGUGUCAGGGAAACGGACCAGGAACCUGUUCCCCCAAAUAUCGGACAGACCUGCACUAGUGGAACAGAUAGAUCUACAUGACAGUGAAACACAGAGUCUCACAGAGACACACAACUGAGUGAACACUGUCUCUGAGUCUAGCCGUCCAAAUAUGAGUUUUAUGUCUGCCUUAAAAGUCUAUAAAAGAUCCAAAGGUCUGGACACAGGUAAUGAAGCGCAAGUACUCACACUCAAGAACAUGCAGUUUGUAUUAAUAUAUGUAGGAGUGCAGGAUGUUUCUCUGUGUUCCUCUGUUUGUUUAAAGAGGGCAUUUGUGCAGGAGACACUAAUGUAGCUCUUUGGGAAUAAGGCCACCUGAGAGUGUUUCAAGACUUAAAACAACAGCCAAAGGACCCCUCUGCAUCUAACUUUUGACUUUGUAUUACAGCCGUCCAUAUUGGGGUCACUCAAAGAUACAGUAUGUUGGCCAUCCUGUUGUGCGUGGGCACAAGUGACGCUUGAGGCAGCUAUGACUAAUUUGUCCACCUACAGCUCCCAGGAGGAGUCAUUAAAUGGCCGUGCCAAAAGGGACACAGUUGUAUACCAUAGAAUAAUUUCAGCACACUCAGAUUCUCACUCAUUGUUGGGCUAUUUUCCAUCCGUUCAUUUCAGAGUAGCCAUUUUACAACUGUCAGGCAAGGCAAGUGUUUAAAUUUCAAUAAGGCUGGUGGUCUUCCUCACAAUAGAAAGUUCUCGCUAGAAUGGAAAUUUUGAAGCUAGAACCCAAACAACACAGACAAACCUGUGAUGCCAUUUUGUUAUGAUAAUCUUACACCAAUCUUAGUUAAUUGGUGUCCAGUUUUAAUGUCUGACUUAGAUUUUGUAUUGAUUUUGUUUAUGGUUAAUCUCCCUAAUUACUGUCACAGUAUUUCUCACUGGCAGUAUCCUAAAGAUAAUCAGAUUUCUUCAGAAAGUGUCAUGAUGUCACAGAUUCCAGUCUUUUUAUUUUAUUUUACAUGCAUUAGUUAAAAACUGGCCAGGGUUACUGGCAUAUGAACAUAUUUUUAUAGGGCAGUAAUUUUCCUUUUAGAACAAUAUUACUGUCACUAUUAGGAUUUGUAUCGCUUCACCUUAAAAUGGCAUAAUGGUUGUCUUUUAUUACCUUACAUCUGGAGAGAGUGGGCAAAUGGUGAUAGGUAUAAUACUGGAUGGGUAUAAAUGAAACAGACAUGCAGUCUUUGUCAUAUAAUGUGGCCCUUUGGGGGCUCUUCUAUUUCUUGGAAUCAGACCUUUAGCUGUCUGUUUUGAAGCAACUCUUGCUUCACUCGCAGCUCUGGAUCAGUUGUUUCAGUUCUUGCUGUCAAAUUUCACAUAACUUUUUGUCAAGCUUCAUCUCUGUUGCUUUGGCACUCAUGCUCUGAAUAAUAGUCCUGCUACUGAUCUGUCCAUCCUCCACGUUCCUGUUCAAUGCUGGAAAAAGCAUCUUCUGGUGUAGGUGCCACCUGAAAAUAAACUGUGUAAAUGUGUUCUAAAAUCAGAUUUUAGUAUUUUUGUAACACAAUGUUUAUGAAACCUACUGCUCAUGUUGCCUGUGCAAUCAAGUCCUGAUGUUUUGACUCAGUGUGUCAGAGAAUUAGUGGUACUCUAAUCUGUUUGUGUUAUCAGUUUCCUGUAUUUGUGUCUAAAACUUGAAUGUACAUACUUAGAUGCUUUCGCUUUCUGACUAGCAGCAUGCAGACACACUUUUUAUUGCCAUGAAUGUGUAUGCUUGCCUGGUAAGUCUUGCACAAUAAACUCAAAACUA